AUGGUUGUAGGUAAAGACAAGUUUGUUGUGUUGUGGAGUAUUCAAGACCAUAUAUCAACUGCAGCCACAAGAUCUGGUGGAUCAAUUAUUAAAAACACCAAGCCUGGGGAAGGUAGUGAAAAAGCUGUUGAUGGUCUCAUUGUUGCACCACGAGGAAUAUACUAUGGCCAUGAGGAUACUGUUGAAGGUGUGACUUUCUGUCCAUCUAGCUCACAGGAGUUUUGUAGUGUUGGUGAUGAGUCUUGCCUUAUAUUAUGGGAUGCGCGAACUGGCUCUAGUCCUGCUGUGAAGGUUGAGAAAGCACAUGAUGUUGAUCUCUACUGUGUUGAUUGGAGUCCCCAUGAUGAUAAUAUUAUUCUGACAGUAUCGGAUAAUAAUUCCUUACGCAUGUUUGAUCGACCGAAUCUAACUUCUAGUGGAGUUGGAGCACCUAUUCAUAAAUUUGAGGGUCACAAAGCUAUUGUUCUUUGUGUACAGUGGUCUCGUGAUAGAUCAUAUGGUUUUGGAAGUUCUGCAUAG